GGAGCCGAGGGCGGGGAGGCCGCGGGAGGGAGGUGGGGGGCAGGUGGGGGAACGCGGGAGGGAGCGCGGAGGAGAGCCGAGGCCAAGUGCAUUGUGUCUGGCGGCGGCGCGCGAGCCCACCGGCGGCUGCGGCGGGGCGGGAAGCCAUGGAGCCGCGGGCGCUCGUCACGGCGCUCAGCCUCGGCCUCAGCCUCUGCUCCCUGGGGCUGCUCGUCACGGCCAUCUUCACCGACCACUGGUACGAGACCGACCCCCGGCGCCACAAGGAGAGCUGCGAGCGCAGCCGCGCGGGCGCCGACCCCCCGGACCAGAAGAACCGCCUGAUGCCGCUGUCGCACCUGCCGCUGCGGGACUCGCCCCCGCUGGGGCGCCGGCUGCUCCCGGGGGGCCCGGGGCGCGCCGACCCCGAGUCCUGGCGCUCGCUGCUGGGGCUCGGCGGGCUGGACGCCGAGUGCGGCCGGCCGCUCUUCGCCACCUACUCGGGCCUCUGGAGGAAGUGCUACUUCCUGGGCAUCGACCGGGACAUCGACACCCUCAUCCUGAAAGGUAUUGCACAGAGAUGCACGGCUAUCAAGUACCACUUUUCUCAGCCAAUCCGCUUACGAAACAUUCCUUUCAAUUUAACCAAGACAAUUCAGCAAGAUGAAUGGCACCUGCUUCACCUGAGAAGAAUCACGGCUGGCUUCCUGGGCAUGGCGGUGGCCGUCCUGCUCUGCGGCUGCAUCGUGGCCACGGUCAGUUUCUUCUGGGAGGAAAGCUUGACCCAACACGUGGCCGGACUCCUUUUCCUCAUGACAGGGAUAUUUUGCACCAUUUCCCUCUGCACGUAUGCUGCCAGCAUCUCCUAUGAUUUGAACCGGCUCCCAAAGCUAAUUUAUAGCCUGCCUGAUGAUGUGGAACAUGGCUACAGCUGGUCUAUCUUUUGUGCCUGGUGUAGUUUAGGCUUUAUUGUGGCAGCUGGAGGUCUCUGCAUCGCUUAUCCAUUUAUUAGCCGGACCAAGAUUGCACAUCUAAAGUCUGGCAGGGACUCCACGGUAUGACUGUCCACACUUGAGUUCCCUGCUCAGUGGCCCAUCCACAAUGCAGACGGCUCCUGAGAGGAACGGAGUGGAGUUCAAGUCGGGAUCCCAAGCACAAGACGGUCUUUUUACAUUCCAACCUGUUGCCUGCCAGCCCUUUCUGGAUGACUGAUAGAAAAAAAUCAUGCAAAACCUCCAUACCUUUCUACGGACAAGACUACUGUGGAUUCAAGUGCUUUAAUGACUAUCUAUGCUUUGACUGUGAGACGGAGGAGGCGGUGCCAUGGAACAUUUCUAGGUUUAGAAAAAAGAGGAAAUUGCAAUGGAAAAAAAAAAUUUGUAUGGUUGCCAUUUAUUUCAGAAAGUUUGUAUAUAACAAUUACCUGAGAGUCAUUUCUGUUUGCUAAAGGAUUCAUAACAAAGCGAGUAUAAUUUUCUUGUCAUCGUUCCACGCUUGUUCAGUUUGAAUGCGGUAUCUUUGGAACUUGUCCUGAGGGUGUCUUGUUGUGUCAGCACCAAAUAUUCGUGCAUUAUUCGUGGGUGUUCUUUGUCAACAGGAAGAUUCCCCUUCUGUUGCCUUAUUUAUUUAUUUAUUUAUUUAUUUAUUUAUUUAUUUUCAACGGGCGUCCCUUCUCUGUCUUCGUACUGGAAUCCGGAUCCUAAGGGAGACAGAGCAACCGCGUAAGAGCUAAUCCGUGACACUAUGCAGUAUUGUUCGAUGUUUUACCUGUUGUUUAACCUCUGUCUCUUUCUGUUAACUGGAUUUCUGCAUUAAAUGGCUGCCCUCUUGUUAA